GACACCGGCGGCGACGCCGGAAAUGGCCACCGCGCCAUCAGUCUCCUCCCUCAUCUCCGAGCUCCACUCGAGAUGCCACUCCCUGUCCGCCAUAAAGCAGCUCCAUGCCCACAUCCUCGUACUUGCCUCCAACCACACCCCAUUCCCGUACAACCAUUUCCUCUCCAAGCUCCUCUCCGUCUCCUCUUGCACCACCACCGCCGCCGCCGAUUACGCCCUUCUCCUUCUCACCUCCCACCCCGCCCCCACCGCCUUCUCAUUCAAUGUCGCGCUCCGCUUCUUCUCCUCCUCCCGCCCACGCACCUCCCUCGAGCUCUUCCUCCGCAUGCUCCGCUCUGAGCUCCGCCCGGACACCUACACUCUUCCAUUCCUCCUCCUCGCCGCCGCCCGCUGCCCGGCGCCUUCCUUCGCCGUCUCAGCGCACGCGCUUCUUCACAAGCUCGGGCUGCAACACCACGACCACACCGUCCACUCCCUCAUCACCAUGUACUCCAACCUCGGCGAUCCCCGCGCUGCGCGCAGGGUGUUCGACGGAAUUCUCCACCGCGACGUCGUCUCCUGGAACGCUACGAUAAAAGCUUACGAGCGGGCAGGGAUGGCGGCCGACGUGGCGCGGAUGUUCCGUGCAAUGGUUGCUGAGGGUGCCGUGGCGCCCAACGCGGUGACUGUCGCGGUCGUGCUCGCAGCAUGCAGGGAUGCAGGGGACUUGGUGCUUGGUAGGUGGUUGGAGGGCUGGGUGAAAUCUGCAGGGAUCGAGGUCGGAUCGCUCGUCGGCUCAGCUCUCGUUGGGAUGUAUGAGAAGUGCGGAGAGAUGGGGGAGGCACGGAGAGUGUUCGAUAGCAUUGCUGACAAGGAUAACGUCGCAUGGAAUGCCAUGAUCACUGGGUACGCGCAGAAUGGCAUGUCAAACGAAGCCAUUUCAUUAUUUUACAGCAUGCGGCAAGCAGGGGCACGCCCAGAUAAGAUAACAUUGGUAGGCGUGCUCUCGGCCUGUGCUGCAGUUGGAGCUCUGGAGCUAGGCACUGAACUGGACAGCUACGCCUCGCACAGAGGCCUAUACAGCAAUGUCUAUGUCGGGACUGCAUUGGUGGAUAUGUACUCAAAGUGUGGAAAUCUUAACAAAGCCGUAGAAGUCUUUGGGAAACUGCCAUGCAAGAAUGAAGCUUCAUGGAAUGCCUUGAUCUGCGGUCUUGCGUUCAAUGGGCGAGGCCAGGAAGCCAUUCGUCAGUUUGAACUGAUGAGGAAUGAGGAAGGUCUCCGACCGGACGAUAUCACCUUCAUAGGAGUACUUUCUGCUUGUGUGCAUGCUGGGUUACUGGAAGAUGGUCGACGAUGGUUCAAUUCCCUGACACCUGAGUUCCAAAUCAUUCCCAAGGUCGAGCACUACUCCUGCAUGGUUGAUUUAUUGGCACGUGCCGGACAUUUAGAAGAAGCAUGGGAUUUCAUUCAGAAGAUUCCUGGUAAGGCAGAUGCAGUUAUGUUGGGCGCUUUGCUUGCUGCUUGUCGGAAAUCAAAGAACGUUGAGGUCAGUGGCAGGGUCAUCGACAGGAUCAUGCAGCUGGAGCCCUCAAACUCAUGGAACUAUGUGGUUUCAUCCAAGAUAUACGCAAGUUCAGAUAGAUUGGAUGACUCUGCACGGAUGAGAGGACUGAUGAGAGAGAGAGGUGUGAACAAAGUUCCAGGCUGCAGCUGGGUUGAAGUUAGCGGCAGAGUUCUUGAAUUCUAUGCAGGUGAUGAACCACAGCAUGGUGCGGAUGAUAUGUAUCCACUCCUCGACAUGCUGGUUGAUGAGAUGAGACUUGAGGGAUAUGUUCCAGAUCUUGAUCUGGUGUAACACAAAAACCAGGUGCACGUCAACUUCAUUAUUGCAGUCUCUCUGAAAUUUGCUCUCUGGAUUGUAAUCCAUGUAUGUGAGGCUGGCAGUCUGUCAUGCAUAAAGACUAAAGAAAGGAGGCCACUGUUGUUUUUCCUGAGAGAUGCAGAAACAUUAGCCGGAAUGCUGAAUAUAAUUGCUGGAUGUCCAAGAUGGAACACUGCUUUACAUCCGCUCUCUAUGUCUUGAUACCACGGCCGAACCACAACUAUUU